AUGCCAGAAUGGAACAUGUUUUCUUACAGUUUGAUGAUAAAGGUUUUGGCACAAAACAGGAAGUUGGAAGAGGCUAGAAAUUUAUUUGAUCAAUCUUUGGAGAAGAGCAUUGUCUUGUGGAACGCCUUGAUCUCCGCACAUUGCCAGAAUGGUCAAAUUCUUCUAGCAAGAAAGCUCUUUGAUUCCAUGCCGGAACGCGAUUUAAUCUCGUGGAAUGCGAUUCUGGCGGGUUUAUCCCAGACUUCGAAUCCACAACACGCGUUUGAUCUCUUCCAUGAGAUGAUCUUUACAGAAACACCAGACAAGACGUCCUUCGCAAACAUUCUUGCGGCGUGUGGCAGUGUCUUUACAGCUCGGAGCUUCUUCCAUUCCAUGCUCUCGGAUUUUAACAUCGAAUCCACGAAGAUCCACUUCUCAGCCAUGAUUAAUGUGCUUUGUCAAGCUCGCUACUUCUCUCACGCGCGAGAGCUCAUGGAAACCAUGCCCUUUGUACCCGAUUCUAUCGAUUGGAUGUGCUUGAGAAAAUCUUUAGCCUCUUAG